AAGCAGCACAGGAGGAUUACACGGGACGUUAGUCGGUUUCCGCAGUCUGUGGGAUUUAUUGUGCCUCUGUGUCGUUUUUUAAUGAAAACAGCAAUGAGAAGGGAGCUAUGCGCUUACUUUCCUUGGCUACUGAGACUGAGUCUUUUAAUAGAUGUGAGAUCUACAAAUACCUAUGAGGCAAAUGCUUAUCUGAACCUAUCCUAUUUCAGUAUACAGCUGAACAGCACAAUAUCCAAGUACUGUGAGUGUGGCCUGUAUGGACUCAACUCGCCCCUGAAGAGUGCCGAGGGGGCGGUGGGAAUUCCGCUUUCUCCAAAUCUCCAAGCCUGUGACUUAAAUACCCAGUUUGCUGUCACUUCUACUCCUUGGAUUGCACUAAUAGAGAGAGGAAACUGUACUUUUUCAGACAAAAUCAUUCAGGCUGCCAGACAUGGUGCAAGUGCUGUGGUGAUAUACAACGCUCCUUCCAUCUAUGGAAAUCAGACCAUUCCCAUGGUGCAUUAUGGCACAAAGGACACCGUUGCCAUCAUGAUUGGAAACCUGAAAGGGAAUGAGAUUGUAGACCUGAUUAAAGGUGGCAUGCAGGUCACAAUGGUGAUAGAAGUUGGGAGGAAACAUGGAUCAUGGAUAAACCAUUAUUCUAUCUUCUUUGUCUCCGUGUCUUUCUUCAUCGUCACUGCAGCUACUGUGGGUUACUUCAUCUUCUACUCAGCGCGCAGGUGGAGGCUCACACGGGCUCAGAACAAAAAACAAAAAAGGUUAAAAGCAGAAGCAAAGAAGGCUAUCGGUAAGCUCCAGCUUCGAACCAUCAAGCAAGGAGAUAAGGUACUUGGUCCUGAUGGAGAUAGCUGCGCUGUGUGUAUUGAGCCCUACAAGCCAAGUGAUGUUGUGCGCAUUUUAACCUGCAACCAUUUCUUCCAUAAGAAUUGCAUUGAUCCCUGGCUGCUUGAACACCGAACAUGUCCAAUGUGCAAGUGCGACAUUCUAAAAUCACUUGGAAUUGCAGAAGAUGAAGAGGAAGGCACAAGUGUAGCAAUACCUUCUGUUUCUAGUGAAUUGCAGAGGAGCACAGUGCAAAUAACAGAAGAGGAGAAUCACAGUGAGACGGCUUCUUCUGGCUAUGCAUCUGUUCGAGGUGGAGAUGAACAAGUGGAUGAAGGACAGCACAUUUAUGAGAACACAGAGCUUGUACACGAGGCCUCAGCUACAUCUAUUGAAGUCCUUCCGCACAUGGACAACCCUGGUUUCGAAAGUGAGGAUGUCCACGUUCAUGAGAUGAAAUCCUGAGUUCCCCAGGGAACGCUGUCCUGUUUCAGCUGGGACAGUCGCACAUUUUAACCAGACCUCUUUUUUUUUUUUUUUCUUGUAAAAGCUACUGACUAGCAAUAAUUCCAUGCCUUGUUAGUGAAAAGAAAAGGGAACCCUGAAAUUUGAUAGGAAGAAAGGGAAAAAUCUGUUUAACAAAUAACUGCAUUAGAUGUGCCGAAAUCUUUUUUGCAUGCGGCUUCUAAUUUUAAUGCACACUUUAUUCUUAUGAAGAUUCUACAAAUUGUAUUUUUUAUUGUAUCAGAGCAAAAUCAUUUCUAGUUUUAUAUUAUAAUGCAUACACAUAGAAUAUCUUUUUUUUUUUCUUUCUAGAUACCUCAUGAAAUAAAUGAUCUGAUAUGUACUAUAUAUUAAUAUUCUUAUAGGGAUGUUAAGUGGUUCCAUAAUUCUUGUUCUGUUUUAUAAAGAAUAUUAAUGUUCAGAAAUCUUGGUAGGGCCAAGCCUUUUGCAUGCUUAUUUUACUGUUGUUAUGUAAAAGGGCUUUAAACUAAAAGGGAUUUGAGUGAAAUGUCAGCUAAUACAGCAAUAACGUACAUAUCCAGAUGGUCUAUAAGUUAUAAUUAUUCUUUAUCCAGCAAUAUUUUGUCCCCUGGUGCAAGCAGGAUGACAGACAAGUGAGCUCAGUGUGUUUUUAAAAGCAUGCUAUAUUAACGGUUGUCACGGUUUAUCCUUUGUGUUGUUUUACCUUGUGCCUUUAUCUAACCUAUUUUCCAGUUCUACUUGCUAAUUUUUUUGUCUCUCAUAUCUGCUGCUACUAUCUCUUGCCUUGGGUCUUUCUCUUGCACUGUAGGAAAUGUGUUUUAGCACUGAACUCCUAAGUAAGGGUAAUUUGUCACCAGAGAAAAAAAAUGCAUGAAUGUGGACGACAAAUCUCCAAAAAAAUGUUCCUCCGCCAGUAAUAAUUGAAAUUGCCGGUAAAACCUACAUGCCACUUCGUUCUAUCCGAAGUUGCCCCCCUAGGAAACAUCGGGGCAACACAUAGGUUUUACCACUGGCGAUUUCAAUUAUUGCCUGUGGAGAAGCAUUUUCUGGAGAUUUUCGCCCGCAGUCAUGCAUUUUAUAAAGGGUGACAAACUUCCCAGAAUGCAGAUCACUAAAACAAUAAGUGAGGGGAAGCAACUUUCUCAUGAUAGGUGGCCUUAAAGUUGAUGACAGGUUUAUCCCAUUUAACAGCUUCCUAAAAACAAUAGCUGCGAGGGAAAGGCUUUCCUGCUCAUGCAUUUGUUUAAA